CGCUCAGUCCGUGCUGACGCUUGAAACCGUCGAGACUGAUCUCUUUCACUCUCUCUCUCUCUCUUUGCUGUCCUUUUCCAUUUCACAGACAAUCUGUGGCCUCCAAAAGACUUUUACUUCGCAACUCACCUUGAGUAACGAAGUACAUCCUGCAAUUUAAGAAAAUAACAUUAAAAAGGAAAAAUCCAGGACGUAGCCUCCACACAUCAUCGGAGGGAAGAAAAAAUUCCCCGUCAUUUAAGAUUCAUAUACACAGAGGCGGACCCCUUUGGGUUUGGUUGUUGUUGAGGAGUGCACCGUUAGAUUAGGUUUUAUUCCGCGCAGAUGCGGAGGACAAGGUGAGUCGCGCGCGUGAUGAGUGCAGCAAUCGCACGGUGUGACAACGGUGUGCGUCCAAUUCAGGCGAAAAAAAGAUGGCGACUGCUGGCUCUUUUCGUUCAUUAGGUCUCCGAGUUAAAUCCAAUUGACUUGACGGACUUUUUAAUUCGAAUUGAGCUCUAGUGUUGCUAGAGACGUGAAUUAUUUCAACGAAAAACUACGCGUCUUUCUGUGCGGGACCCCCUGAUGGGAUUUGUUGCCAACUCGACUCCAGCCAAUAGCAACUGUGUCAUCAUAAAUACUCUGGCAAGUGUGUGUUUACAGAUGUGAAGUUGGGGACAGACAUUGUUUUCUACUAGGAGAAAGAAAGGAAAAUUGAGGGAUUGAAAGAAGAAGAAAAGUGCAACGAAAAAACCAACUUGUUGAAAACUAUCUACCCCCCUCUCUAGGACCAGUUCUUCACAGUUGCAGUCCUGCCCGAUUGUUGUUUGUUGUGAUUUCCGAUUCACCUACAAGGUCAACUGAAGAUGGCUGACCUAGAAGCAGUGCUGGCUGACGUCAGCUACUUGAUGGCUAUGGAGAAAAGCAAGUGCACUCCAGCUGCCCGUGCCAGCAAGAAAAUCAUACUUCCCGAUCCCAGUGUCAGGAGUGUAACCCAAAAGUAUCUGGAAAAGAUAGGGGAAGUCACCUUUGACAAAAUCUUCAAUCAGCGAUUAGGCUUCCUUCUUUUUAAACAAUAUUGUGAAGAAAUCAGCGACGAACCCAUACCUCAAUUAGGAUUCUACGAAGAGAUCAAACGCUACGAGAAACUGGAAACGAUUGAAGACAGACGGAAACUUGCCCGGGAGAUUUACGACAAUUUCAUCAUGAAAGAACUGCUGUCGCAUACGCACACUUAUUCCAAAGAGGCUGUGGCUCACGUCCAGAAAUACUUGACCAAAAAUGAAGUCCCGGCUCAUCUGUUUGAGCCUUACAUCGACGAGAUCUUUACCCGUUUGCGGAGUGACAUCUUUCGAAAGUUUGUCGAAAGCGACAAGUACACUCGUUUCUGUCAGUGGAAGAAUCUCGAGCUCAACAUCCAGUUGACUAUGAACGAUUUCAGCGUUCACCGAAUCAUUGGCCGCGGCGGUUUCGGUGAGGUCUAUGGCUGCCGGAAGGCCGACACUGGCAAAAUGUACGCCAUGAAAUGCCUGGAUAAGAAACGCAUCAAAAUGAAACAGGGCGAAACGUUGGCUCUCAACGAGCGUAUCAUGCUCUCUUUGGUCAGCACCGGUGCGGACUGCCCUUUUAUUGUCUGCAUGACUUACGCGUUCCAUACGCCGGACAAGCUUUGCUUUGUGCUGGAUCUGAUGAACGGCGGCGACCUGCACUAUCAUCUCUCUCAGCACGGCGUCUUCAACGAACAGGAGAUGCGUUUCUACGCCGCCGAAGUCAUUCUAGGUCUGGAACACAUGCACAGGAGGUUCAUAGUCUACCGUGAUUUGAAGCCAGCCAACAUCCUACUCGACGAGCACGGGCACGUCCGCAUCUCUGAUUUGGGAUUGGCUUGCGAUUUCUCCAAGAAGAAGCCUCACGCUAGCGUCGGAACUCACGGCUACAUGGCGCCUGAAGUCUUGUCAAAAGGCACAGCCUACGAUUCCAGCGCCGAUUGGUUCAGCUUCGGCUGCAUGCUGUACAAACUGCUCAAAGGCCAUUCGCCGUUCCGUCAGCACAAGACGAAAGACAAGCACGAGAUUGACCGGAUGACGUUGACCAUGAACGUUGAACUGCCCGACAACUUCUCCAACGAGCUGAGAACUUUGCUGGAAGGACUUCUUCAUCGCGACGUCGAUAAACGACUCGGCUGCCGCGGACGAGGAGCUGAAGAAGUCAAAGGCCAUCCCUUCUUCCUUGGUGUCGACUGGCAGCAAGUCUACAUGCAAAAAUAUCCACCGCCGCUGAUUCCCCCUCGGGGUGAAGUCAACGCCGCCGACGCUUUUGACAUUGGAUCCUUUGAUGAGGAGGACACGAAAGGAUACAAGCUGACCGAGAAGGACCAAGAGCUCUACCAGAACUUUCCGCUGGUCAUUUCGGAGCGUUGGCAGUCGGAAGUGUCUGACACGGUCUUCGAUACUAUCAACCAGGAAGCUGACAAAGCCGAGGCCAAGAAGAAAUCCAAACACCGGAAAUUCGAUCUCGACGAGAAAGAUUCCGACUGCAUCCUUCACGGGUACAUCAAGAAGUUGGGCGGACCUUUUGCGUCGGCCUGGCAGACCAGAUACGCCCGCCUCUAUCCCAACAGACUGGAAUUGCAUUACGAGUCUUCAAGUUCGAAGCCGGAACUCGUUUUGAUGGAUCACGUUGAAGAAAUCAAUUCGGAACUGACGACCUUCAAGGGCGAGCAGAGCAUCCUCCUUCGUACCAAAGAAGGCGGCCGGGUUGUGCUCACAAAUCAGGACGAAAUUGGCUUGAAAGAAUGGCUUCAUUCCCUGCGAACGGCGCAUAAAGGCUCAGUCGAGCUGCUGGCCAACAUGGCACGCAAGGCUGGCAAGAUCUACGGGACGGACAUGGACGCCAACAACCGCCAGCACACCCAGCACAACAGUCCUUUGGCCUCGAGGAGCACCAAUGGCACUUAAAAGUGAGCUCCAACCACCCGGCCCGUCCAUUUGCAAAAAAUAGAAAACAAAAAUUCAAAAAAAAGGGGGAUAAGUAGAAGAAGAAGAAAGACGAAAGGAAAUGAAUAAGAAAAAGAUGAAAAGGUGGAAGGAUAAUGGGAACCUUCGGCACACAGAGUCUCUAACUAUAGGCCGAUUGUAUUGCAUUCAAAACCUUUGAAGCACAAGAGUAAGGAGCCAGAGCUGCGGGAAUGGACAUACAUACUCUUUCAAUUUGUACUCUUUCGAUUGCAUACCACUCCGGAUGUGGAGGGGCAAAAAAAAAAGAUUGAUAUUGAUUGGCUGAUUUACUAGUCCCCUCCGCCGAACUGCUUUUUUUUUUUUUACUUUUUUUAAUCAAUUUCCUUUUUUUCUUUUCAGUGGAACGUGAGAAAUGUCAUUGUGAAUGCCUUUUCUUCCCCAAUUGUGUAGUAGACCUGGCCGAGAAUAGAAAUCGAGCUCACGAUCAAGAUCGGGAAUGAGUAAGGGUCCGGCUCCUGACCAAUCUUUCGGCAGAUAGACACAGGCAAGAGAAGGGUAUACAGCAUCUGAGAUUGAAUUCCCCAUUUGGCCAUUCUCUUCUUCUUUUUAUUGCGUUUCCUUUUCCCCCCAUCUUUUUAAUUUGAUUCUGCACCUUUGAUUGAUAUUAUUAUUCUUUUACCCAUUGAAUUUCCCCCCUCUUUCUUUCCGUGUUGGAAAUCAUCUCCCGACGGUUCUGAAACGAACGAGUGUGUCGUUGAAAUGACAAAUGUAUUCUCCCGAUUUACACUUGACUGCGCACUCGCAAACAUUCUGAUAGGUUUAAUUAUGUUUGACAAGGGAGGGAAAGAGAAAACGAAAAAAGAUAGAACAAAACUGGGAGAUGUAAUACGUUGCAAGUUGUCGAGCCGUUGCCAAUCGAUGUUUGUGAUGGAGAAAUGAAUACCGAUCCGCUUUGGUUUUAUUUAUGUGUUUUUGUAUCCGUUUUAUUUUUGUUGGGAAGGUCCUAGUCGACACACACUUUCGCGCGCACCUCCCCUUCCAUUUGUACACAUUGUACAGAAGUAAAAAAAAAAAAGACAAAACAAAACAAAUCUGCUUCUUCUUUUCAACUUCUUUCUUCUUCUUCUUCUUGGUCCUUUCAACUCUCCCGCGUACCCAGGUCGUAUGUGCGUCUCUUUUUUUUAUAUAUUUUUCAGUCUCCACUCGAAAAAAGAGCACCUGGCGUCGCGUGAGAGAUGGAUUCUCCCACGUCGAAUGAUGAAACGCACGCAAAGUGGGCCGUGAUGGAUGCAAGGCGCUCCAUCAUUGUUUAUUUUACUUUCUUUUAUGGAUAUUUGUUUCAAAUAGGUCCCCGUACCUUUUGCUUUUGGAUGGCCUCCUUUUUUACGUUUUUCGGUCGUUGGUUUUUAUUUGAUAUAAUCAUUUAGUUUGUUUUUUCUCUUCUCCUUCAAUUGGCCAUAUUUUUUCUUUCAUAUAUAUUACUUGGGUAUUGUUGAUCCGAUUCGCGGAUUCGCGUGCCAAGCUCAUACGGUUUUUCCCCGUUUCUUUUGUUGUGUUUUUUUUUUUGUUUUGAUUUUUUCUCGUGUACGUCUUGGUACUCCUCUUUCCCCUCUUACUGCGUGGUUUUUAUUGAUCGGGUCGAUGCACGGUCGAGACAAGACGAGACAUAAACCAAACAGUGUGCAAUAUAUUGUCCAAUUCCACCUGCCCCUUUUGUCCAGAGCUAAUAUCUUAACGUUCCGUGUAUGGUCUGCUGCUUCUUUCUUCAUUUUCUUGAGAUUUAAUUUCAAAAAUUCGGACGCAUUGCAACUGAAUGAGAUCCGGAAGAAACAGGACAGAUGUAUAAGAAGUAAAAGAAAGAAAGAGAGAGGAAAAAGCGAAAGCCAUUUCUAUAUACGAGUUUUUUUGUACACAUAAUUGUUGGUCUAAUCAUGUUCAUUGGAGCUGCGGUGACUUUCUUUUUUCCUUUUUCGAUUUUUAUUUUUUCAAAAAAACAAACAAAAACUGUUCUCUCUCUCUCUCUCCUUUUGAUAUGUCCAUCCCCUUCUAUCUCUCUUGUGACGCGAUUAUGUGCGUUUGUUAUCUUGUUUAAUUUGGGCUUUUGAAUUUUAAUCCAGCAUUUUGUUUUGAUUCAACAUUCAGUUCUGUCCCUCCCUAAGGUGAAAAAUUGUCUAUCUCUUUGUCUCCUGUAUCUCUCUCUCUCUCUUUUAAAUCUCUCUCUAUCUACCCCCCCUCCCAGCCCCUCAAAACAACUGUCAAAUCGUUUUCUAUAGUGUACAUUGUCCGACCAUUUGAUGAUGAAUCGAUUUUAUUAUUAUCCCCGCCCCUCUCUCCGUUCAAAUCUAAUGUUUCGUUGUGCGCUCCGUAAAAUCGACAACAUUGAUGACGAUGAAGUGAUGGAUGACGACGAUUCGAGGAUUAAAAACAAAAA